CCGGUGCCCUUCUUCGCUUAUAAGAGUGACUUCGCAGUUCCCAGCUCACGCUGCCAAAUUCGUUCGCACUUCUGAAUAAUCGUUACUCAACGACUGCUCAGUCAUCAAGAUUACCCACCUUCGAUUCUCUCUAUGGCGGCUCAAGAAGACCAAGAUUCACCUGCAAUCAUCGAUUCAGUUGCUCGGCAAGACGAUGUAUUGCAGAGCACUAUUGAAGAGACACAAGAACCGGUUCGUGCUUCCGCUGCCGAAGUAGACGAGAAUUCGCUUCUUUCUUCAAACGACAAGAUUGAUGCAUGUGUAUUGGGGUUUAGUCCUUCUUGUUGUGACGGAAAAGUUGAAGAUUUUUCAAGAGAAGGUCAGAAUAUGGUCGAAGGAGUCCUAUUGGCAGAAAAGUGCGAUAAUGAAUUCCAGAGCACUAUUGAAGAGAUGCAAGAAGCGGUUCGUGCCUCCGCUGCCGAAGUAGACGAGAAUUCUUUUGCUUCUUCAAACGAUGAGAUUGAUGCACGUGUAUUGGGGCCUGGUCCUCCUGGUGUGACGGAAAACUUGGAGGUUCUUCAAGAGAAGGUCAGAAUAUGGUCGAAGGAGCCCUGUUAGCCAAAAACCGCGAUGCGGGUAUUGUCUCAAAUGUCGAAGGAGCGAGACAGACUUGUGAUUCUGAGAAGCUUGAGCUUCAGAAAGGAGCUGUGGACGGUGAUGGCAUGAAAGAGAGUAGUUUCUUUGAACAACGUAUGCAUCGAUUUGGAACCCAAGACUGGAGGGUGCUCCAUGAAAAGGCCGCCUCAGAGCGUAGUUUCACUCCUAUGGUAAACGGAGAUUCGGUAUCAGAGAAUGCCUUGGAAGUCAAAAAGAAAUUGCUGCUUGAAGAGCUAGAAGCUGUUCUGCGGCCGGAAGGCGACCUUGCCGCUCGGAAGUUACCUGGUUGUAAACUCAUACAAGAAGACUUUAUAAUUCCACGUUCCUUAGGAAUUGAAGUUAUUGAUGAUACAGCGUUGAUUGAGACUGUUCCUGCUCGUGCUAUAGGA